AUGAGGCCUCAGACAUUCCUAUAUUCAAUCGAAGAAAAGAAGGUGGAUAAGAAGAGCGAUUCGACUCAAGACUUUUUCGACUAUGUGGCAGAACAUGCCGAAGCUCCUGUCGCCUCAACAGAUCUUGAAGGGACCACAUCUGACACAUCCGAGACUUCUAAAACAGCUGAGCCAGCAAUUGAUGGUUCUGAGACUAGUAAUCAUCCUAAAUCAUUGAGCCUAUUUGUGAAUAUAAAUGAUAUAUGGGAAAGAGAGGCAAAUCUUGAAUGGUCCAAAAGACUGAAAUUUUUAUUUGGGAGAAUAGUUCAAGGCAAUUGUACAGCAAACAAAUUUUAUUUGAAACUAAAAGAGUGUGAUUUAGUCAAAGACUAUCCAAAAUGGCUUCUUAAAAAUCUAUUCCUCAGAGAAGUGACACCUGAGAAUGCAUUUAACGUUUUUUCGGAUGGGCUAGAAGUACUUGCGUUAGAUGAGAUAGUGAAAAGGCUUAGUCCGGAGCAGUGA